GUAACAUGGCUGCUGAAGACUGCUAGGUGUGAGGUUCUAUAUGCCGUAUCUACUGUAUUGUAAACUCCGUUACGUUACUUUGGAUUCGAGGCCCAGGGUGUUGUACGUACGUAGUAGGAUUACGGAAUGUGCAGUAAAAAAACCAGAAAGUAUCAUGGAUAGUGUUAUUUACUUUGUAACACCAAACAGAAGAUUUUCCUUGUGUGAGAUUUUGAAAUUCAUCUCUUACUUUUAUCUCACAUGGAGGUUGAAAGAUAGAACAUGGAAGAGCCAUCCAUAAUAGAAGAAAGUGAUUUUAGCACUUUGUACUCUUUUAGUAAUGUUCCAACACUUGAAGGAAGCUCCAGUGAUUAUGACUCUCCUCAUCAGGAUACUCAAGGCUGCUCUGAAGAUGAAAAUGGAAACAGCAUGGACCAAACUAAUGAAAAUGGAUCUGCAUUUAACCCUGCAUCAUUUGCAGAACAAGCGGCAAAAAAAAGACGCAAACAAAGUAAUCCAGUGAAGUAUCACACGACACAAGUGUUAGAAACUCAGGAUGGUGAGGAACUGGCUUCAAAAAUUCCGGAAGAGGCCUUAAACUUGGAGAUAAAACAUAAGAAUAGCACAAAAGAGUCUGAAGUUGACAAAGAAUCAUUAUUGAAAUGUCAACAUUGUAAUAGUAUGUUUCAGAAUGAAGAAUCUUUGCGAGUUCAUAUAGAAGAAGAGCAUGUCCAGAAACUACUAGAAAAGCAGCUUCAGCAGCAAUCUCACAACAGAUCUACCUCAUUAAAUGGCAUGGAAGCAAACAGUACUGAAGCUCAGAGAGAUUUAAAUUUAGUCAGAGCCACUCAGGUCUCACCUUUCACAAUGUUUAAUGAACAAAAAUUUCCCUUAAUGCCAAUUUCAUGUGCCAGUAGCAGUUCUCUUGAUAAUAGGUAUUAUACUAAAAACUCCAUAUUUCCAAGCAUGCCUCCAUUAAUACCUAUAUCCCACUCAGGAGAUGGGAAGCCAACAAACAUGUCUCUUCCUCUAACCAUGUUUCCAAACUCUUUUGCCCCAUUCCUUUUCCCUGUUCUUCCUCAUAUCCAAGGGCAGAAUCAAACGAUCCCUAAUAGUCCAAACUCAACCAUUCGCAUUUUCAACCCAGAAGCUUAUUGCGAGCUGUGUAAUAAAGAGUUUUGUAAUAAGUAUUUCCUUAAAACCCAUAAAGCUAACAAGCAUGGAAUUUAUUCAUCGGAAACAGUGGUUACCCCUUCAUUCCCUGGAGCAUUUCUCAAUAGCACAUCAGCCAACCCAGUCUCUCUUCCUCCACCUUUACUUAAAAAUCCUCCAACCAGACCAUCUACGCCACAUCAGGCAAUUAUGAACUUAGAGGUUUUCUGCGAAAUUUGCCAGAAGGAAUUUUCUAAUAAAUAUUUUCUUAAAAACCAUAAACAUAAGGUUCAUGGUAUAGACGAAAGUCUACAAAGUUCAGUAAAUGAUUACAAAAAAGCUACCUCACCAGCAACAUCAACAUCUAGUUCUCCAGGAUUAACUCUUUCCUCUGAAAAGAAUAACAAUUCACCACCUAAUGUUUCCAGUGAAACUUCCAUACAAAACUUACCCACUCUAUUUAAUAUACAAAAGAAUAUCUUCUUUAAUCAAAAUGUACUAUCUAAGCCAUGUUCUGCUACAGAAACAAUUAUGUCAUCUUCAACAAAUGUUUCUGCAACUGUUGAUAGCAAAGCUUCCAUUGUUCCAGCAGAAGACUCUUCAAGCAGUGAAAAAGGUGUAGCAAUUUUUACUCCAGAGAAGCUACGUGAGAUUGGAGUAAUCAAUGUAGAUGCAUUUUGUGAAUUAUGUUGCAAAGAAUUUUGUAACAAAUAUUUCUUACGUACACACAAACUUAACAAACAUGGUAUUAGUAUCUCAGAGUCUGGUAGUAAGUUUUCACAAUCUGGUGAGCAUAACACAUCUUCACCAACUCUUGAGGCAGGUCAAGUUCCUUCUUCAAGUAACAUUCCAAUAACUUUGUUACAGGAAACUCAUAGUAAACAAGAAAAUAUAAAUGUAUGUGGAGAACGAAGUGGGGAAUUAACCUGUGAAAUCUGUAAUCGUCCCUUUGCUAGUCAGUAUCUUCUUAAAAUGCACAAGUUUUACACUCAUAACAUUCCAUAUAUCAAAGAAGAAGAAAAGUCAAAAUCCAGCUCUCCAGUUUGUCAACAACAGUCCCCUAAUACAUGCAGUGCUUGUAACUACACUACCUCAGUAGUGCUCCAACAACAGGCUACAAUUAGCACAUCUUUGGCUGAAGAGUCCUCUGGCCAGGACCUGCAGAGAUUACAAACAAUGAUCAGAGAAUUGAAUGCACCUCUAAAGACCAAUGAGAACAAAGUUGCUUGUGGUGUUUGUAGUCUUCUUUUCGACAGUAAAUAUUAUCUGAGAGCACAUAUGAUGAAUGAGCAUGGAUUUUUGUCUUCUUUCGACAGUAAAUAUUAUCUGAGAGCACAUAUGAUGAAUGAGCAUGGAUUUUUGUUAAAUGAAGAUGGAAAAAAUGCAGUACCCUUUGCAGCACAGAAGGCAGUGACCAAUUCCUUGCCAUUUCAACAGUCAUUAUUUCAUCAACUAUCAUUACCACCUCCUUUUACACUUCAGGACACAGAAGUUUUUUGUGAAUUAUGUCAAAAGACAUUUUCCAAUUCAUACUUCUUAAAACUUCAUAAACAGAAUAUUCACAAUCUUCCAGCAGAUGAUAUUAAUAGGACAUCUCCCAGAACUCCUUCUGACCAACCCUCUCUAAAGUCUCCACAUUUAGUAAGUACAAGCAAACCUAUUUCUUCUCCCACAAUAAACAGUAAGCCAAUAACCCGCACGGGUUCUAACUUUUGUAAUAUCUGCAAUAAGGAACUUUGCAACAAAUACUUCAUGAAAACACACAUGUUAAAAAUGCAUGGUAUUGAUCUCAAUGAACAGCCAAAGGAAGCAGCCAAGAUUAGCACAAUUGGAGGAGUAACCUGCGAUGUGUGUCAAAAAGAACUCUGCAGCAAAUACUUUCUCAAAGUUCACAAGCAAAACACUCAUGGGAUAUAUGUUGAACCUCCUCCAAAUAAAGAAUGUUCAUCUCAACCUUCUGUUCAACAAGCAGUAAUUAACAAUCAAAACUUGCUACCUGGAGAGUUAGUUGACAGCCAGUAUUUCAGUCAUUAUACAGAAAUUUGUCCCCUUUGUGACCGCCGUUUCAAAAGCAUUAAGUGGUUAAAAUCCCACAUCAUCAAUGAUCACAAUGCUGCCAGAAAAGAUAUCCUGAGCAGUCCUGAAAAUGUGGUUAUUAAUGAUAUGCCUGCUAUGUGUGUCAUCUGUGACCAGAGCUUUGCUGAUCAAGUUGCACUACAGGUUCACCUGAUCAAGGAUCAUCAAACUUCAACUGAACAGUUGGGAAUCACCAAUAACUCAGGGAUAAAAAUAACUCAAGAUUCCUCCAGUGAGAUGACCCAAGAUCAGCUUGAUAAUCCAGUUAAUGGAAAUAUAUCACCGAGAACACCAUCUGUAAAUUUGGACCAUCUGGAGGGAAAGAGAGAAGGGGCAAAAUUAUAUCACUGCUCUUACUGCACAUACACUAGUUGUUGGUUGUCCAAUUUGUAUGCUCAUGAAAAAAGACACACAACAAUGAUCAUUGAGGGAGAGAAAAGGUUUUUCUGUAGGAUUUGCCAAAAGGCCUAUCGAUACAAUCAUUCUCUUCAGCGACACCUCCUUAGUCAUAGAACAUCUGGAUUUUCUGCAAAAGAUUUAACUCAUCCUCUAAAAAGAACAUCACAUUUAGUUAUCCAGACUAAUGGAGAACAGAGACAAAAACAAAACAACCAAAAUGAAAAUGAGCAAAGUCAAGUAAAGCAACGUACAAAGGUAAAAAGAUAUCGUUGUAGCAAGUGUGAUAAGAAGUUUCGCACCCGAGAGCUUUGCUUAGAACAUAUACAUGAUUUUCAUAACAGUAAGAAAUCAAUUUUAAAUCAGCAGAAAAUGAUAAAACUUCUUCGUUGCCCUGCAUGUGGAUUUAUUGCAAGAGCCUGGAGUAUGUUAAAGCUACAUAUCAACAAACAGCAUAAUGAUAGUCCAGAAAUUUUGAGAAGAGCUGAAAUGCAGAAUUCCUUUAUUCCUGAAGCCAGUAUUUUGGCUAAUAGACAAAUUGUUUCAGAAGGGGCAACAGAAUCUGGAUUGAAAGGAUUUUCUUUUCAACCAGGACUACCUCCUGUUGACCUUGGAGUACCUGGUCAGCUUCCUAUGAGUUAUGCCAUGCCACAAAGUCCUCGUAGAGCUGGUACCUUUAUAAUGCAACCCUUUUUCUUGUCACAGCCAGAAGAAGAGGAAAGUAUCCAAAAUGAUAAUUUUGUACCAUCUCUUGUGUACCUCCCUGUUUGCCAGAAAAUAGCUCAGCCUAUGACUGUAGCUUUUUCGUUGACACCAGCAUAAGGAAAUUCCAUGAAGUUAUUCCAGUAAGCUUUCUGUGUUUGAUGAAACUAAUUAGAGUGAAAAAGUCAUGCUGAUAAUCAAAAGUUUUAGUGAGGAUUUUUAUCUUCUUAGUUUCUAUGUGCAAUUGCUGUUAUGUCAUCAGCCUUGAGUGAAAGCAAAAUCAAAAUUCUACUUGUUGGACUUCCAAAAAAAAAUUAUGUUGCUAUUCAAGUGUUUCAUAAUGUGUGUUUCAUCAUAUCACUGAUGGCAGUCAUUACGGGUACAUUGCUGCUGUUUUUUUGUUUUUUUUACCAUGUACAGUUUGAACUCUGCCUCUCUAUUUUAUUUCUUUUAUCUUUUAUUACAAGUUGAGUGUUCAGUGCUGUGGUAUAAAUCUCAUGUGGGAAUUCCAAGGUGAGAGUCCAGAGCCAUGGUAAAAAUCUUGUAUAGAGAUUCCAAUAUCAGUAUCCAGAGCUGUGGUAGACAUCUCAUAUGAAGAUUUCAAGACGAGUAUGUACAGUUAUGGUAGACAUCUUAUGUGGAGGUUUCUAGAUGAAUGUUCAGUGCUGUGGUAAAUAUCUUAUGGAGAUUUCAAGGUGAAUAUCUAGAGCUAUGAUACACAUCUCAGUUGAAUAUUUCAAGAUGAUGUGCAUAGCUGUGGUAGAAAUCUUAUGGAGAUUACAAGGUAUGUGUUCAGUGCUGUGGUAAAUAUCUUAUGGAGAUUUCAAGGUGAAUAUCUAGAGCUAUGAUACACAUCUCAGUUGAAUAUUUCAAGAUGAUGUGCAUAGCUGUGGUAGAAAUCUUAUGGAGAUUACAAGGUAUGUGUUCAGAACUGGUAGACAUCUCAUAAGGGGAAUGCAAGAUGAGAGUUUCUGAUGUGGGGAAUCCAAAAGAUAACUUAAGUAAAUCAAACCUCUAAAAAAUCUCAAAGCUUUCUGAUUAAAGAAGCAAGUCUCUGAAAGUUAAACUUGCAUUUGGACAAUAUUUCCAUAAACUGUUUCCAGCUAACUCAGGGUCUUAUUUUUAAUACAAUCAAAUCGGAGGAAGAUCGUACAUGAGUAGGCCAGAUACAUUGUGCUAUUACCUCUAUUAGUGUUAAAGUGAUAAAUAUUUCUAAUGUGGAAAGUUGGUGAUGAUAGUAGUGGAGGUUUGGUGUAAGCUGGUUGUAAUAGUAAUCCACUUUUUGACAGGUAUGGGUUAUUUGUUAAACCAAGGUGAAGUCAGGUUAGUUUUGUGUUAUCUGUUUAACAACAAAUUUAACCUACAUUUAAUCAAUCAAAAAUUUUCUUAAUGUUGUUUUAUCACAUGAAGAAAGUCAGGGAUUUAAAUAUAUAAGCAAAAGUAUAGAAUACAAACUAUGUAUUGAAUACAUUUAAUUCUAUUUAUUAAGAAAUUUAUUCGUGUCUACAGUUGUGAAGUAUAAUGGUAUAAUUACAUAAAGGAUGUAUUUUUAUCCAGAUUUUUUCUUUAAUUGCCUUGUUCUAUAUUAUUGACAAGGAGUAAAAUAUAACCAAGGUAAUGAAUAUUUUAACAAAAAUUGGGUUUCUACAUUGUGUUAUUCCUGUGUUAGAGUCUGUGUAGAUAUACAUGUGGAAGCACCUGGUGAUUUCAUCAAUAUCUUCCUUGUCAAAAUUAUCAGUGAUUUAUCUAGUCAUAUGAAUGUAAGUUGAAAAAUACAGUAGACAUUUUGUCUUUUUGUAGCCUUUGUUAUCACAUAUAUAGGAAUGUUAAUCCAUCAAUACUGAUAUUUUUUUAAUUGGUAAUUUUCUUAUUUCAAUAAGUACUUUUUAAGUGAAAGAAUACAUGAUAUAUACACAGAAAAUUCACCUCUGGGAGGAAUUGACUGUUCAGAAAUUGGACAAAAUCAUCAUAAUUUAUUAUGAACAUUGAACUUCAAAUCAAAGUAAAACUUGUCUUAAAUCAAAAUUAGAAAAGCAAUUUUGAAGACAUAUUGAAAAUCAAAACUUCUAUAGGAAUAAAAUUGAAGCCUAUAAAUUCAUUUUAAAAUUGAUCAAAAUGUUAGA